AUGAAUAAAUUUAUCCUAUCUGACGUUGACCAAAUUAACGAACACCCUUCUACAUCAUAUCAUAUUAACGAUAAUAAUCAAACUAAUGUUAUUAUUUCCGACGAUACUACAUGUGUAGGCAUUGAUAAUGAAUCUAUAGAGUCCGACAAUAAUAGUAAUUCUCCAUUAUUAUUGAAAAACAAUUGUGAUCAAAAUAUUGAAGACAAAACUACAAAGAAUAGUCUUUCUGAUCCUGCAUUGUGGCCUAAUUUUUUGAGUACCAAGUAUCAAGAAAUACUGAUUUCUAAUGGCCCAGUUCAAAUAGAAAAUAUUAAUUUUCCCUUGGAUGAAAAUAAACGUCAUUUUUCCUUGAGUUUUACCGUUAGAACUUUAGAUUAUGGUCAACAAAUAACCAGACAGUGGCUUAUAUAUUCCUAUAGUAAAGAUAAAGGAUUUUGUUUUUGUUGUAAAAUAUUCGGAGGUUCUUCUUCACUUGCUAAAUUAGGAUCGAAUGACUGGAAACAUUUAAGUGAUAAAUUAAAAGAACACGAAAAAUCAACUAAUCAUAUUAACAUGUAUUCUAAGUGGAAAGAAUUUGAAAAUAGGCUUUUAAAGAAUAAAUGUAUUGAUAGUCAACACCAAUCAGUUAUCAACAAGGAAAUACAUCAUUGGAGGUCCGUUUUAGAACGUUUAAUAGCAAUUACACUGUUUUUAGCAAAACAGAAUUUAGCAUUUCGGGGUUCAUCUGAAAAGCUGUUUUCACCCAACGCUGGUAAUUUUUUUAGAGCUUGUACAACUUUUGGGAAAUUUCUAUGGAGUGAUGUCUGA